GCCAGACUUUCGACUGGCCACACUGUUUUUUAAUUGUUUUCAGUUUCAGCACGUGCACCGACAAAAUAUAAAAAAUCAUAGACAAUGGACGGUGAGAACCCAGAAUGUAGCAUGGAGAUUGUGGAGCCCGAAGACGCAGAGAGCGACAUGUCCGACAGUGACAGCGAUGGAGACUCCGAAUCCAAGCAGCCCAAGGAAGUGUACCUGCCCGGCAAAAGUUUGGCCGACGAUGAGGAGCUGGUCUGCGAUGAGAGUGCAUACAUUAUGCUGCACCAGGCAUCUACGGGUGCACCCUGCCUAAGUUUCGACAUUAUUCCUGACGAACUGGGUCAGUCCCGGCAGUCGUUCCCAAUGACUGCCUACAUUGUGGCUGGUACGCAAGCAGCCCGCACCCAUGUCAACAACCUGAUCGUGAUGAAGAUGGGAAACAUGCACAAGACGCAGGAUAACGGUGAUGAGGACGACGACGAGGAACUGGAGGAUGAUCAGGAUGACGUUGCGGACCGCGAGGAGCUGAAGAAGCCACAGAUGACUUGCGCUCUUAUCAAGCACCAGGGCUGUGUCAACCGAGUGCGCGCCCGUCGUCUGGGCAACACGGUAUUCGCCGCGUCUUGGAGUGAACUUGGUCGAGUUAACAUUUGGAACCUGACCCAGCCUCUGCAGGCCGUGGAAGAUGCUCAGCUGCUGAAGAAGUAUGAGCAAUCCGAGACCCAUCCAGUCUACUCCUUUAGCGGACAUCAGCAGGAAGGCUUUGCCGUAGACUGGAGUCCUUGUGCAGAGGGCGUUCUGGCCACUGGCGACUGUCGACGGGACAUACAUGUGUGGAGUCCCCUGGAGGACGGCACAUGGAAGGUGGAUCAGCGGCCAUUGGCGGGGCAUACACAGUCCGUCGAGGACCUGCAGUGGAGUCCUAAUGAGCGCAGUGUUCUCGCUUCGUGUUCGGUGGACAAGACCAUCCGCAUCUGGGACUGUCGUGCUGCACCACAAAAGGCCUGCAUGCUUACUUGUACCGACGCCCACGAGAGCGACAUUAACGUGAUCUCCUGGAACCGUUCUGAACCGUUCAUCGCCAGCGGCGGCGACGAUGGAUUUCUCCAUGUCUGGGACUUGCGCCAGUUUCAUAGUCAGAAGCCCAUUGCCACCUUUAAGCACCAUACUGAUCAUAUUACCACCGUGGAGUGGUGUCCAAGCGAGGCUACAGUGUUGGCCUCGGGCGGUGAUGAUGAUCAAAUUGCAUUGUGGGAUCUUGCCGUCGAAAAUGAUCCCGACCAGGCGCAAGUACAGGCCCAAAACGAGGACGAACUCAGCCAGUUGCCACCGCAGCUGCUCUUUAUCCACCAGGGCCAAAAGGAAAUCAAGGAACUGCACUGGCAUGCUCAGCUGCCAGGGGUGCUGCUCUCGACAGCCAACAGUGGCUUUAACAUUUUCCGUACUAUCAGUGUUUAAGGCCAUGUUAAAAUAAAAGCUUUAAUUUGUCAAGAUAAAUAUGGAUAUGAAA